CUUCCAUGAUGCUGUUUAGACUUUUUCCACAGUCUCACUCCAGACUUUCAUUUAUCAGAUGCUCAGUUAAUUAUUAACCUUUAAUGCAUUGAAAUGUACAGUCCUUUUAUUUAGAUUUAGCAGCUGCUCCUGAGUGAACUGUUGGCUGCUGAGAUUAAUCGAAAGCCAUUCGAUAUUAAGCUGUUUGUUAUUUAAAAUGGACAUAGUUAAUUGUAAGGUUGGGGAAAUUGCUGGACACCGCUGUGGCCUUCAUUCAUUCAUCCAUUCACUCAUUCAUUCAUUCACUGACUUCACAUAUUCAAAUGCAAAUGAGGCGGUGAAUCACCGCCGGGAGAUUUGUUCUAUAAAAAACACUCCAUGUUCUGCUCGCAGGGUCUGACAGAGCAGAGGUGAAACCCUGCAGAGCCGCGGAGAAGGACACGACACCCACCGAGGUUCUUCUUCUUCUUAUCAUCAUCAUUAUUAUUAUUAUUAUUACUGUUGCUGUGAAGGAGAAGAAAAAGAAGAAGACGACGCUGAGAUCAUAUGAUGUCUGUUGUGGGCGCGCAGCCUUUCAUCAAACCAAUGCAGCCGCCACCUUCUGUUUCUCCCGGCAUCCAGAGGAGACACACGCUUCCCGCGAGCGAAGUGCGACCGCUCAACACGCAAGAUGCUAUAAGUGUGUUUGAAAUCGAGCGAGAAGCCUUCAUCUCAGUGUCAGGUGAUUGUCCCCUCCACCUGGACGAGGUGCGUCACUUCCUCACGCUGUGUCCGGAGUUGUCCAUGGGCUGGUUUGAGGAGGGAAGACUGGUGGCGUUUAUCAUCGGCUCUCUCUGGGACCAGGACAGACUCACAACAGAGGCGCUGACUCUCCACAAACCCCGCGGCAACACCGUCCACAUCCACGUCCUCGCCGUCCAUCGCACCUUCAGGCAGCAGGGCAAAGGUCCCAUCCUGAUGUGGCGCUACCUGCAGUACCUGCGCUGUCUGCCCAGCGUGCGCAGAGCGGUGCUGAUGUGCGAGGACUUCCUGGUUCCCUUCUACCGCAAGUCGGGCUUUAAAGUGCAGGGACGCUGCGCCAUCACCGUGGCCAACCUGACCUUCACAGAGAUGUGCUAUCCCAUCAGCGGCCACGCGUACAUGCGCCGCAACAGUGAAGCAAUCCGCUUCCCCCAGCAUCUGCUGACGCUGCCGCUGACAAAGACUGAUGAACACGCUGCUGAUGUAUGACUGCUGUGGGUUUAGUUUCCUCACUGACAUCAGAUACCUGCUCACUUUGUCUCUCAUUUAAAUAAAGCAGUGCUGUGAUUUGUAAGAUGUGUCAGGCGGGAUUUAAAAGUUGCUGCUCUCUCUUGUUUGUGUUUGUAAUCAAAUCACAAACUGAAGCUGAUCUGAUUUUAGGGGGCAGUGGCUUAAAUGUAAAUGGGAAAUCCCGUAUAAUCAUCAAUUUAAAAAUGUAACGUUGUUGUGGGGAAAAGCAUUAACUACCAGGUGAAAUGACUCAGGUUUUUAGCGGCUUUUGUCAUGUUUCCAAUGAGGAACAUUUUGGUACAGUACGGAUGUUUUCUGCUUUUCCAUUAGGAGUAGUACCAGAAUAACCGUCCCUACUCUAUUCUCGUACAAAGUUUGACGUCUUGUUGAGUCAAACAGCCUCAAACCAAGCAGAAAAAGACGAGCUGCUGGAUGUCCUCCAUUGUUUUUGUCUGUUGUGUCGCGUUCCAUGUCCUUGUUCGUUGUCAGCGCUACGUAUCUCAGCCGAAACCAUCCCUGAACCCAGGGCUUUACCGUUCCAAACUGUGCCGUACUGUACCAAACCAAACUGUACCAUGAUUGAAACACGGCUCUAGGCUCAGUGGGAACAGAAGACCCUCGGUGAACACAAUGAUUUAUUCUUCUUUGUCUUCUUCUUCAUUUUUAGCAGUGAUGUUAAUCCCUUUCAUUUACAACUCAGUAUUUUUUAAAUCUUCCAUCAAUUGGCUGAAUAAAAUGAUCGACUGAGAAACUGUAAAUUAAAACAUGGUAAAUUGUCGCGUUUUCCAACCGUUACAUUUUCACUGAGCUUCAAGGAGUUGUUAUUGUUGGUUUCCAGUGUGUUAGUGUUAACAGUGUUAAUCACCUUCUUUAGUGGGUCACAGGUUUAAAACUCGCUCGUCUUAGUGCGACAGAGACCAUAAACAUAUAUAUUCAUUUUAAUUAACGUUCCUACAAAAUGACUGCUGUCUCGGUGAAAUGACAACUCUUUGGACGAUAUAUAAAAGCAAGUGAAGCGUGCCACUUAGGGGUCUAUCUGUGCGCGUGUGUGUUUGUUUCUCUUGCUGUGUACAACAAAACCACGAGUGUACGAUUGUGAUGAUCUGUAUCAAACCAUCUCACGUUGUUUGACUCUAGACUUGCACUCACCUGUGCAGGUCUAGAGUAGCGUGUUGAGCGAUAAUGCUGUAAUGACAGUGACACUGUUGCGUGCGGUGCGUUUGAGUGACAUGUGGAUUUGUCCAGUGUAAGCCGUCUCCUGCUUUGCACCUUCCUGGGCUUCACACAGCUGUGGACUGACGUCAGGCUUUAGCCGCUCAACCGCGGCCCCUGCGUCUCUAUUAGGGAGCUUUAGCUGUUGUGAACGUUGAAGGAUUUAGAAGAGGAUCCACUCAUCAGUUAGACUUCAUUCAAUGAGCCUUUUUCAAUCAACAAGCUUUUUUGGUUAGACGCUGUGUCACCUUGUGAGGUCAGACUUUGUGUUGUGAUUAUAAUUUCUUACAUUAUCACACUUUCAAUAAAAUAAAAUGUUUUCUACUCUUUU